AUGCUGAACAAGGAAGAUAAUGUUAGCAAGGAAGACAUUUACAGUCAUCUCACUUCUGUUAUUCAGAAUACUGACAUCUUAGAUGAAGCAAUUGUCCAGCGGUUGAUUUAUUAUGCUUCUAAAGACAUGAGAGAUGACAAGAUUCCCAGAGAAAUCAGAAUGCUAGCUGGUGAGGUCUUGGUGUCUCUUGCGGCACAUGAUUUCAACUCUGUGAUGCAUGAAGUACAAAAUAACUUCAGGAUCCUAGAGCUACCAGAUGAAUUUGUUGUGCUUUCCCUGGCUGAAUUGGCAACCAGCUAUGUGUCCCAGAGCAUCCCCUUCAUGAUGAUGACCCUGCUCACCAUGCAAACCAUGCUCAGGCUGGCUGAGGAUGAAAACAUGAGGGGAACUUUCUGCAUCGCCCUUGAGAAGUUCAGCAAGACCAUUUACAAGUAUGUCAACCACUGGAGAGAUUUCCCUUAUCCAAGACUGGAUGCCGACCGACUAUCUGACAAGAUCUUCAUGGUGUUCCGGUAUAUAAUGGAGAAAUGGGCCCCCCUGGCCUCGCCGAUGCAUACGUUGCAUAUCAUUAAAGCCCACGGCCCCACAGUGAGCCUGCUGCUACAUCGGGCAGACUUCUGUGAAUACGCCCUGAGCCAGGUGCCCUGGCUUCUGAGCCAGUAUAAAGACAAAGAGAUUGAUUUCCAUGUCACUCAGAGUCUUAAACAAAUAUUGACGGCAACAGUCCUUUACGAUAUCGGCCUUCCACGGAGCUUGAGACAAUCCAUCUUUAUCAGUUUACUCCACCAGAUCUGCAGAGUUCCGGAGCUUCCAGUAAAAGAAAAUGAAAUUGAAGCCUCAAGGUGUUUCCUCAUUCUAGCCCAUUCCAACCCUGCAGAACUGCUGGAAUUUUUUGAUGAACAAAUAAGAAGUAAUAAUGAAGCCACUCGAACAGGAAUCCUGACUUUGUUAAGAUCGAUUAUCAAUGCUGAGGAGCCCAGGUUGAGGGAUCACAUCAUUUCAAUUGAAAGAACAGUCCAACUCAUCAUGGGUGACCUCAGUAUAAAAGAGAAACUAAUGAAAACUAAUUCCCAUGAGGAUGGAAAGAAAGAGAAAUCUGUCCAAGAAACAAGUCUUCAGGUCUUAAAAACCCUGGACCCGUUAGUCAUUGGAAUGCCUCAGGUAAGGGAUCCUUUGUUAUCACUUACAAUUACUUUGAUCACGUGCCUAAAGCUCUGCCCAUUUAGAAGUAAAGACACAACUUUGUACUCCAUGUAUCAUCAGCUUUUUGAUGCUUUGACUAGAGGAAGUAUAUUACCUGAGAUGAUUCACCCAAAAUUGGUAGACCUGUGGCAAACACGCUUACCUGAGCUCCUGCAGCCUCUGGAAGGAAAGAACACCAGUAUCGUGCUAUGGGAAACCAUGCUGCUUCAGUUGCUCAAAGAAUCCUUAUGGAAGAUCAGUGACACAGCCUGGACCAUUCAGCUGAGUCGAGAUUUCAACCAGCAAAUGGAUAGUUACAGCAACACCUCCAUUGAGAAGAAAUUCCUUUGGAAAGCCUUGGGAACCACCUUAACAUCCUGCCAAGAUACAAACUUUGUAAGCUCACAGAUUAAGGAGUUUCUGACUGCUCCCCACCAACUGGGAGAUCAAAGACAGGGAAUAACAGCUAUUUUAGGACAUUGUGCCGAGAACCACUUGGAUAUUGUUUUAAAAGUUCUUAAAACAUUCCAAAAUCAGGAAAAGUUUUUCAUGAAUCGAUGUAAGAGCCUUUUUUCUGGGAAAAAGAGCCUGACCAAGACAGACAUCAUGGUGAUCUACGGAGCCGUGGCCCUCCAUGCUCCCAAGCAGCAACUUCUCGCCAGGCUUGACCAAGACGUCGUAUCCCAAGUCCUGUUGCUUUACAGCCAAUGCUCUCAGAUUCUGGGCGUGUCUGUGAUGAACAAGGACAUAGAUCUGCAAAUGAGUUUCACAAGGAGCAUCACUGAGAUUGUCAUUGCUGUCCAAGAUGCUGAGGAUCUCAAAUUCCAGUUUUCCUACAAGGAGACGCUAAUGGGUUACAUGCUGGACUUCAUUAGGGAUGAACCCCUGGAUUCCUUAGCUAGCCCUGUUCGGUGGAAAGCCUUAAUCGCCAUUAGAUACCUCAGCAAACUGAAGCCGAAGCUCUCACUAAAUGACCACCUCAAUAUUCUUGAAGAGAAUAUUCGCAGGCUGCUGCCCCUCCCACCUCUGGGAAGUCUGACAAAUGAUGGCCGGACGGACAAGGACAAGGAGCACAUUAAAUUUCUCUAUGAACGAUCCAUGGAUGCUCUAGGAAAACUUCUGAGGACCGUGAUAUGGGACAACGUGAAGGCAGAGGACUGUCAAGAAAUGUUCAAUCUUCUCCGGAUGUGGCUUGUUUCACAAAAGGAAUGGGAAAGAGAAAGAGCCUUCCAGAUCAUUGCAAAAGUGCUGACAAAUGAUAUUGAAGCACCAGAGGACUUUAAAAUAGGUUCACUCCUCGGGCUCCUGGCUCCUCACUGCUGCGACACCCUGCCCACCAUCCGCCAGGCAGCUGCUAGCUCGGCUAUCGGUCUGCUCUGUAUAAAAGGUAUUCACCUAGAAGUGGAAAGACUCCAGGGUUUGCAGGAAGGGCUGGAGAGUGAUGAUGUGCAGGUCCAGAUCAAGGUUUCUUCUAAAAUAGCUAAGAUCGUCAGUAAAUUCAUCCCGAACGAAGAAAUUCAGAUGUUCCUGGAGGAAACACUGGAUGGUCUGGAGAGCCUCAACCCCACGUGCACCAUGGCCUGUGGCAUAUGGAUGAUCGCCGCCCUGAAGGAGCAGGGAGUGGCUCUGGAAGAUCAGCUAUUGGAGAUCUUGAGCACAAUUUACCGUCACAUGCCAGUCCUCAGACAAAAGGAAGAAAGUUUCCAGUUUAUUUUAGAAGCCAUCUCCCAGAUAGCCAGCUUUCACAUGGAGGCAGUUGUUGUCAACCUUUUACAGAAGCCUCUGCCCUUUGACAGGGACACAAAGACACUGUGGAAGGCCCUGGCUGAAAACCCAGCCUCCAGGGGAAAAGUCAUGCGAGCCUUAGUAAACAAACUGGAGACCGGGUUGGAGGAUGACAUCGCUGGGAUUGAAGCAAUUUCAGUGGCCUGUGCUAUACAAGAAGUGGUCUCAUGGGGCACCCCUGUCACUCACUUGUACCCAGAGCUGUUCACGCUCCUCCUGAAGCUGGUCAGCUGCACACUGGGCCAGAAGAUGCCCACUUCUCCCUUGAACCACAGGCGGCGCGUGAUGCAGCAGGGAGAACGGCAGCAGAUCCCGGACCCCUGCAGGCUCUCAACUGCGACUCUAAAAUGUUUGCAAGCCCAAGCCAUGAGAGAAGGCCUUGCAAAAGAAUCUGAUGAGGGGGACAACUUAUGGACCCUACUCAGCAACCCUGGGACCCAUCACAUUGGAGUAUGUGCAUUGGCCAGGAGCAUGGCAGUGUGGCAACAUGGAGUCAUACUGGACAUCAUGGAACAACUACUCUCAUCUCUCACCUCCUCCUCAGAAUACUACCGGAUAACAGGCACAGCUUUCUUCUCUGAGCUCAUGAGGGAGCCAAUCCUUUGGAAGCACGGGAAUCUGCGAGAUGUGCUGAGCUUGAUGGAUCAGAGCGCCUGGGACUCCAACGCCAUUCUGAGGCAAAUGGCCAUCCGAGGACUCGGCAACACGGCAUCCGGGGCCCCUCACAAGGCGAAGAAACAUAAGCAGAUAAUGUUAGAAUCCAUCAUCAGAGGCCUGUAUCACCUGGCUCGCACUGAAGUCGUCUGUGAAAGCUUGAAGGCUCUAAAAAAGAUCCUGGAACUGCUCACAGACCGAGAUGUGAGCUUCUACUUCAAAGAAAUAGUGCUGCAAACAAGAACCUUCUUUGAAGACGAGCAAGAUGAUGUGAGACUGACUGCUAUCUUCUUAUUUGAGGAUAUGGCAUCCCUAACAGGAAGAAGGUGGAAGAUUUUUUUCGCUGAAGAAAUUAAAAAGAGCUUGAUUUCAUUCCUUCUUCACCUCUGGGAUCCCAAUCCCAAGAUUGGAGCUGCUUGCCGUGAUGUCUUGACCGUCUGCAUUCCUUUUCUGGGCCUUCAGGAACUCUAUGGAGUAUUAGACCAUCUCCUUGAUCAUGAUCUACCAAGGACCAGGGAUUUCUACAGGCAAUUCUGUGUGAAACUGGCAAAGAAAAACCAGGAAAUUCUAUGGAUUCUCCACACACACUCCUUCACCUUCUUCACCAGCAGCUGGGAGAUGAUCAGGAGUGCAGCUGUCAAACUCACAGAUGCCAUUGUUCUCAAUUUGACCAGCCAAUAUAUGGAAUUAUUAGACAGAGAACAACUGACCACACGGCUCCAAGAGCUUCGACAAGACCCAUGUAUCAGUGUCCAGAGAGCAGCUGAAGCUGCCUUGCAGACCCUCCUGAGAAGGUGUAAAGAGAUAAGCAUCAUUCUGUGAACCAUCAGGAAAUAAACUACUAGGCUUUU